UCACGUCGCCUCUCCAUUACUUCCGUUGCUAACGAAGCUUCCGUGCUGUACUGUGAAGAGGUGGGGAAUAUUGACAGGGUAUGGAUCCCCGUUAACACGACCAGCCGUACCGCACGGGUCCCAGGUAAACUCAGUGACGAUGGUUGACUACCUGUCCCGGUACCGACUGUAUGGCCAUGGCUACACGUCUCCAGAACAACGUUACCCCAUCACUACAUACAAGGAAAUAUAUAGGGACAGUGCACCACACAUCUUUGGCCGCAGACCGCGAUCUCACGACUGUCGAAUGGAUACGAUGAAAGAUUUGACGGAGAAGAAGGACUGGGAGGCGUGGAUGUUCUCUCAUGGUCUUGGUCAGGUGUACAGAAGUGUCAACUACCUCCACAACCAGGAGAAGGAGGUCACCCCUCAAGGCACCGCCGCGCCAGACAAACUGCUCUUCAACAUUGGCGUGAAGGGCCGAGGUGACGGUGACUUCUACUAUCCUCGUGGCCUAUCCAUCACACUAGACGGUGAGAUACUGGUUGCAGACACAAUGAAUCACAGAAUUCAGAUCUUCAACCAAUACGGUAUCUUCAUUAGAAAGAUCGGCUCCAAAGGUAAUGGUGAAGGACAGUUCGACCAACCAACGGGAGUAACGGAGUUACCAAAUGGAGAUCUAGCAGUGGCAGAUAAGAAAAACAAACGAGUUCAGGUUUUCUCACAAAGAAGACAAUUCAAAUUUAUGUUUCCAACUGGCGAUGAUCCUUUCGCUAUUGCAAGUGAUAAAGACUACAACAUAAUAGUUUCUACCGUGAGGAGGUCAAUAGAGGUGUACAGGAGAGGUGGGAAGUUAGUCCACGCCUUCUCUGUAGGAGGGUCUGCUAGAGACAAAAUCGGCUGUCACAUCUGUGUCAAUAACAAGGAAGAGGUGAUAGUCUGUGACGCAGUCAACAACUGUGUUAAGUAUUUUACAUACGGUGGUAAACUUUUGUACAAGUUUUCUCCCAUGUCUACUGGCGAAGGCUUGUCCAUGCUGCCGUCAGGUAUCUGUGUCAAUAUGGUGGGGGAAGUCAUCAUCGGGGAUGCUCUUAAUCACACAGUGAACUUAUAUUCAGAACGCGGGGUUCUUCUGAAACAGCUAAUUGGGCCUUCUGAUGAAGCUGGUGCAGUUCAGACAUGCGCAAUCGGACCAGAAGGACAUUUAAUGGUUACAGAAUUUAGCGUUUCCGGUCCACAUUCAUUGAAAAUAUUUCGAUACAAACAAUGCUAUUGUCAUCUAACUAGACCAGGCUCGAGUAAGAGAAGAUCCCCGACUAAAAUGGAGUGAUGUUCCAUAACCUAUUGGUUGUGUUUCUCUAUUCUCCGUCAUCUCUCGACGCUGUGCCAACAUAUUAAAUACGUUACAGGCCAAACUGCAUUCCGCACAUGUUAUAUCUAUACUGUCAAUCGAGUGAACAAAAUUGGUUAAAUGAUAUACAAAAUCGUGUAUGGGAAGGUACUACAAUAUAUGUUUGGGUAUAUAUUAGAGGUCUAGACUGUACUACAAUAUAUGUAUGGGUAUAUGUUAGAGGUCUAAAUCAGCUUGGAUUAGAAACAUAACGUUGUCGGUCAUAAUUGAUCAUAAAUAAUAGAACACAUAUUCCAGAUAUUGAUUUAUACUUUGGAAUCCGGUAUAUUGAUUAAUAAUAUCAUAUAGUUGAGCAGAUUUUAAAUACAUUAAAUAGUGCAAACAUUGCCGAUACUGGUCAAAAGUUCGAGAGGGCCACCCUUAUCAUUUAGAAACAAUCCGUCUCAUCAUUAUCUCAGAUUGUCUUUAGGUAUUUAUAUCAAUACAUGUAAUUGCAAUAUUCUCCGCAUAAUGUCGUUUUAAUUUUAUAUUUAUGACUUCUGAAAUGUACGUAUCGGUCAGCUAAAUGUGGAGACAAACCUUGCCAUUUUGAAUACACAUACCACUGGUCUACCUCUGUCUUUUUUUUUCUUUUUUUUUUCUUUAUUAUUAUGUUCCGAUAUAAGCAUAUAUAUAAAUGGUUUCCAAGUUUAGUAUUCCGUUUAGAACUAAAGGAACCUUUUGUUUUAUGAAACUGGAAUGAACCGUUUAAGGGACUGAUACAGUCAUCAUUGCUAUUAUAACUCAUACGUAAUUAAGGCAAAUGACCAUCACCCUACAGACCAUAUCGGAUAGACUGGCAAUGCACUUGAUCUGUAUGUGCUACAUAUCGUUAUUGUCCUUCCUGUCAUAAAUCCUCAAAUGUAGCACAACUAUUGUAUUUCCAUAUUUUUAUAGUCUUACAAAUAGGAAGUAUCGAGGGAGGCUACUCUGACUAGAUUCUGGCCACUUUCUGCGGCAAGACAUUUUCUUAAUGCAAUGGAUGAAGCUUCGGUUUAACAUUAGUCCCUAAAGAAAGGGGGGGACAAUGCCACGCCCUCUUUUACGAGUCUUCUAGAAAGUAAGGAAGAGUUGUAUUUUAUUUUACGAAACCAGAAUAGUUGACAGACUGAAGGCUUCCUGUUGUACAGCACGCCAUGCUUCAGUUCCGGCAAUAAGUUUAGACAGAGUGACUAGGAAAUAGAUUACCUUUAUGUAGACGAUGUCAAAACUCUAGCAUCUUAAUUAAAUGUAAUCAAUCCAAAUACUUUGCUUAUUCAAAUAUCCUUUGUCCAUGCUUGCAUAUUUUAUCGAAACACCCACUUUUUCGUGCUCUAAUUAAUUUUUAGCUUAUGUCUGAUUGAGGAAAUGUGAAAACUCGUCAUGCGUUCUUACACUGUUAUCUGACUGUUGUUAACAUUCUGUUACCUUACCUUUAUUAGAGCGAGAGCAAAACAAUAUAUUUGUUUACAAUGUUAAUAAAUGGCUUAAAAUAUUA